AUGGCCCAGGCAUCUGACCGAGCAAAUAACCAACCCCAGCUUUUUCCACGUCCUGCCACAUGUAAAGAGGAACCAGAGCAGCCCUUGGCUCAGUCUUUGCUCCAGGCGUCAAAGGCAGCUGAAGAAGCAAGGUGCUCGGUGCACUGGCCAGACCUGCUCAUCCUUCUCCCUGCAGCCCCAUACCAGCUGGUGGCUUUCCCCCUUGCUGCUCUCUUCUACCACCUCUGUGCUUCAGGGCACCUCUCUCUGACUGUCUGGUACAUAUUCCUCCUUGCUGGAGGAUGCCUCCUCACCGGCAUAGCCAUGGGCAGCUACGCUGUGUUGCUCCUCAUCCCUGCCGCUGGCUCUGUGCUUGUCCUCCUCUCCGUCAGCCCAGCUCGUGCCCACACCUGGGUCUUUGCUCUCCAGGUGUCCUGGCAGACACUCUGCCACCUGGGUCUGAGCAGCCUGGAGCUGGACCCUCAGGAUGCCAGGCCAGCCGUUGCCCUCUCUGCCAUCAUGCUGCUCACCCCGAAGGCUACGUCUCUGGCCCUGGAUGUCCACGAAGGGCUCGUGCUGCUCCAGCGGGGCCAGGGGCCUCUGCAGCCCGCGCUGCCCCUCUGCAGCUACCUGCCGCCUUCCCCAGCCCUCCUCGGAGGGCCCCUGUGCUCCUUCCGCAGGUUUCAGGUGCAGGCCGAGUCCUGCGGGGGCCCCUGCCCGCUGAGGGCCGCCGAGCGCCGCCUCUGCGCCCUGGCCCUGCAGGGGCUGCGUGCGGGCUGGCGGCGGGGCUGGCGCAGGCAGGGCUGUGCUGGCCUGGGCUGCCUGCCCCACGCCCGGCCACGGGCCCUGCUCCUCGGGCCGGCCUAUUACCUGUGCUGGGUGCUGGAUGAGGCCCUUCUCGAGGCCGCGGGCUUUGGGCUGGAGGUGCGCCAGGGAGACCUUUCCAUCCGUGACCUGUGGACGCUGGAGAGGACGCACCACCUGGCCAUCUUCACCCGAACCUGGAACAAGAGCACGUCCCGCUGGCUGAGGAGCCUCACCUUCCAGCGCUGCCCAGCCCAGCCGCUCCUAGCCACCUUCGCCUUCUCCGCCUGGCGGCAUGGUCUCCGGCCCGGGCAGGUCUUUGGUUUCCUGUGCUGGGCUGUCAUGGUGGAGGCUGACUACCGCACCCAUCCCUUCCUCAGUGCCCGGGCCACCUCUCAGGCUGUGAAGAUCCUCUACUAUGGCACAACCUGGCUCUUCACGCAGCUCAUCACUGCCUACAUCCUGGUGGCUGUGGAGACUGAGACCUUCUGCCUGCUCUGCCUGCUCUGGACUUCCUGCAACAGCAUCCUUCCCCUCUCCUACAGCCUCGCACUGCUGCUGCUGCCGCUUGCCGAGAAGCUGAAGCAGAACUGAGCCUGUCCUGGGCUAAUGUGUGCCACCAGUGGGGCACACCUCUGCACAUGUGAGCACGCAGGGUGGGAAGUGCUAUUGGCCAAGCAAUCUCAUAUAACAGCAUCCCCGGAGAACCAGGUUGGCUUUUACUCCUGGGAUAUCCCCCAGCUUUGAGGACUGCUCUGAAGCAGGGAGGCAAGGUCACCAGACCACUGGGCAGGAAGGCUUCCAGCCCCACUGCCUACCCAGUGUUUGUCCUGGGGCUUUGAGUCUCAUUCUCAUCUCACAGAGGAAGCACACCAUCUCCCCACCAAACCCAUUUGUGCCACUGGGAACCUGAGCGCAAGGAAACAGGCUGGCAGUCUGUCUGGGGACAGCACAAGAAACUCCCCUUUCCCCACACAGCAAUACUACUGGGUCGUAUGGGUCUGUGGUGUUCCUCCAGCGAUUGCUCCUCAGCCCUGUCCCUGUGGC